AUGAAUGAAGUCGGAAGCUAUGGAUCAAGGAGUAUGAUGUCUCGCAAAGCAAUGGGGAAGAAGGGAUUUAUGGGUUUGGAGAAUUUAAGCUCAUGCAAAGAGCGUUAUGAAGAAAUAGAAGAAAAGAGUAACAAGAAAAGUUCAGAGUCGGAUCAGAUUUUGGACGUAAAGUCUGAUAGCUUCACAGUUGAUAUGGAACCUCUCUCUCAUCAUAGCAACAAAGAUCUCACUCAUAGUUCAAGAAUUAACAUGGAUAGGAGUCUAUCAAGAAAAGGGUCGCAAGUAAGGGCUGAGAAGAAGAUGAAUUCGAAUUCUCUAAUGAAUGAUAGCAAUGGAGAUACAAUCCCCACACCUAAAGCUGCAUUGAUAGCGGGUACCAUGCCAGAAAAGUUGAUGUUAGUGAAACCGAACACUGAUCAUAUCCUCGACCCACAACACCACCAUCAAAUCACCAUCAUGACCGGUGGCAACACCACCACCACCAAACCUACCGGAACACCACUCAAAAGCAGUCUUUUUGGGAAGAAAUCAAGCAGUUUUAAGCUAUCCUCCAUUAUCAAUCCAAGAAGAAUCCUCUUCUUCUUUGCUACCUUGUCAAGCAUGGGAACCAUCCUACUCAUAUGGCUCACGCUCUCCAUGGCUAAGUACAAUGAAGAUGACAACUCGCACGCAGCAAACCAAACAUAGUAUCCAUAGUGUUUAUGAGUGGUGGAUUUUUUUUCUUUUUUGUGACUUUGCUGCAUUGUUUAUAGAAAAGAAGAAGACAAGGAUGAAGAGCACUACGACAAAGAUUUGGAAUCUUCUUAUUAAAUUAAGAGUGAUGAUGAAUGGUGGAAGAGAUAUCAAGUAAAAAGCGCUAACAAUGACAUAUUGACAUGGGUCUGGAUACCUUUUGUUUGGUGCCAGAAAGUGUAGUCUUUUUUUUUUUUUGUUCCUCCAUGCCAUUCUGUAUAUCCAUUUCUCCUUUUUGAAUUUGUAGUUUAAUUCAAAUACCACCAAUGGUUUUUCCAUGUGAGUUGGGAUCGAUCAGUUCAUGGUAUAUAUUUAAAGAAGUUGAAGAAAAGAAAUUAAAUGAAAUGAAAAGACUCGUACCCG